UUGCGAUGUGAGACAAACCCACACACACCGAGCGGGGCUUAAUCGCAUAAACACAUCGUAUCUUAUGACUGCUGGUAGCAAAGCCUGAACAUCAGGCGGGCGGGGAAAGAUCCAGAUCCAGUGCUGUGCUGAUUGACUGGCUGCUGCUGCUGCUGCUGUUACCUGGGAAGGCAAGAGGGAAGCAUCGAUGCCUCCGGGUCAGUACUCGCUCAUGAGCCUGGACCUGUUCUCGCCAUCGGGCCUCCUGCACUGAGAUAAUGAAAGGAUGGAUGGACGACGAUGCGGCGGGGACAACAGAGGGCUGAAGGAUGCUGCUGCAGCGACUCGCCGGGAUGAGGAGCAGCAUCACAACACGAUGAACUCGCCGGAAGAAGCGGGAGCGGAUGAUCUGUCUCUGGAGGAGAUACUGAGGCUUUAUAACCAGCCCAUCAACGAGGAACAGGCAUGGGCGGUGUGCUACCAGUGCUGCAGAACGCUGGCGAAGGAGCACCGGGGCGCUGCCGCCACCGGAGCAUCAUCAGCGGCUACACCGAGGAGGAUAUCCGGACCGGAGGGUGUUAGGAUACAGAAGGACGGGUCUGUGAGGGUGGACCACCAGGGCUGUGAAGGUAAAUACAGCCCUUGCACAACAACAGAGGUGCUCGAGUCUCUGGGGAUCAUGAUUUACAAAGCUCUGGACUACGGGCUGAAGGAGAAUGAGGAAAGGGAGCUGAGUCCUCCUCUAGAGCAGCUCAUUGAUCUCAUGACUAACAUGGCUGAGGCUGAGAGGGAAGCAUGCCUUGACGAAGGCUACGAGGCCACAGAGGAAGAGGACGAGGUGGAGGACUCUGAUAACGUCUCUGGCAUUCGUGGCUACAGAGAUAUAUUCAAUCUGUGCACAGCUCAUCUACCCAGUGUGUCAGAUGCACCCAGUCAUUACCAGGCAGUGUGCCGAGCCCUGUACACAGAAACCAGAGAGCUGCGCACUUUCUUGGAGAAGAUCAAGAGUGCCAAAGAGAACCUCCGUAAGAUGGAGGAGGAGUCAUCAGAGGAGCCUGGCCGAGACCUGAACGAGUUACAGAAUGCUGACUGGGCUCGAUUCUGGGUUCAAGUGAUGAGGGACCUGCGUGAAGGAGUCAAGCUGAAGAAGGUGCAGGAGCGUCAGUACAACCCUCUGCCUAUUGAGUACCAGCUCACUCCCUAUGAGAUGCUCAUGGAUGACAUCAGGUCCAAACGCUACAAACUGCGUAAAGUCAUGGUCAAUGGAGACAUCCCACCAAGAUUAAAGAAAAGUGCUCAUGAAGUCAUCCUGGAGUUCAUCAGGUCCAGGCCCCCUCUCAAUCCUGUGUCAGCUCGGAAGCUGAAGCCACAGACUCAGCCUCCUCCCACGCUGCACGAGCGGAUCCUGGAAGAGAUCAAAGCAGAGCGGAAACUUCGCCCAGUCUCUCCUGACGAGGUCCGCAGAGGAAGGCUGGUAAUUCGGCCACUUAGCAUGUCUUUCAGUUUUGACGCGUCAGGUUUCGGCAAAACUCGCAGUAUGCCGCAGGAUUUAUUCCGUACUGGAAUAGAUGAGUUCAGCCCACGUAUGGGCAGGAGGACAUCCAGCUCUCUGUCUCUCACCAACGGAUCUGGAUCACCCAGAGUCCAACCCUCUGGAUCUCAGUCAGUUCCUCAGAGAAAGAGGCUCCUGAAGGCUCCCAGCCUCGCUGAACUGGACAGCUCUGACUCUGAAGAUGAGAUUGUUGGACACAAAUCAGCGAGCAGCUCCAGCGUGGCGACAUCUCUGAUGGAUGACACUUCCCCAGAAUCUGUGCUGGGGAAGAAAACUCCACCCAUGUUCCUGCCCAUCUCCUCUACACCUCAACCAGAGAGGCGUAAGACCCCCCAGAGAAGACACUCUAUUGAGAAGGAAACACCCACAAAUGUCCGACCGUUUCAGCCGCCCUCCAAGCAGAGCUCCAAGUCCCUGGUUGGAAUCGAAAUCUUGCAUCACUCCUGGAUUCCCUUCCUUCUCCACCCUUCUCCCUCCACUCUGUGCCCUUUGUGGAGCUCCAACCCUAUCGAGGUGUUUGUGUUGGGGUUGGUGAAGACACUUUUUGCUCUGUGCAGGAAGGUUUACAUCCUUCGAAGAGACUUGGCCGAGGUUUGCCCGUCUCCCAUCAGUCUGUCCCACAUGGAGGAGUUUUGUUUUCCUGUGGAGUGUCUGUCUCUGACGGUGGAGGAGGUGAUGCACAUCAGACAGGUGCUGGUGAAGGCAGAGCUGGAGAAGUUCCAGCAGUACAAAGACAUCUACAAUGCCAUGAAGAAGGGGAAGCUUUGCUUCUGUUGUCGAGCCAAAAGGUUUUCCUUCUUCACCUGGUCCUACACCUGCCAGUUCUGCAAAAAGCCUGUGUGCGCACAGUGCUGCAAAAAGAUGCGGCUGCCAUCCAAACCUUAUUCCAGCUUGCCCAUCUACUCCAUUGGCUCCACCAACACUCUCCCCAGGGAGAGAAUAAGUGCCAUGGCUUCUGUAGGACAAGGACUGUCAGUGGCUGGAGCCCCAGGUCCAUCUAAACCAGGAGGGGCUGCUGCAUCCCCCGCUUUGAAAGAACCUGCAAAAGGAGCAUCUAAAGGUCCCAGAAAAGCUCCUGGGGCAGCGACAACAGCAGCAGCUGCUAAAACUGACAAGUCCUCCAGUAACCCACAGCGCCACAGCAUCCAGAAGACUAUGUCUAAGUUUUCGAAGCACGGCUCUUUAAAGUCUCAUGAAGAACUGGAGCUUCCCCCAGAGCUGACGGAGGACUGGGCUACCAUGGAGGUCUGUGUGGACUGCAAGAAGUUCAUCUGUGACAUAAUCGCCUCCAGCAAACACAGUCUGUCACUGGCCACCAAGAGGGCUCGCUUAAAACGCAAGACACAAUCAUUCUACAUGUCCUCCCCUAAAGGAAGGGAGGAGUACCAUCCCUCUGAACGAACAAUCAAUGAAAUCUGAAACUCUGUAUCUCUCCUUCUGGCUGCUUCCAGCUCCAAUGGCACAACACUGGAUAUGAUCUUACUGUAUUAGUAGACGUGAGUCGGAGAAAGCUGCCUGAAUGGCUGUAAGAACCUUAGUGGUGGAUAGUGAGGUUUCUGGCUGCUGUGUCCCGAUCGUGAUCAGCUUCUCUAGACAAUACUGUAGAUCUGCCAGUCUUUUUUUGUGUUUUUUUUUAAUAAUAUCAUUAAUAUAACAGAAAUACCUUUAAUGUGUGGACACAGGCAUUUGACUCAACAGAGACAAAGUGCAAAGGGGACUGACUUCCUUCCUCCAUGAUGGUGCCACGGUCUGUUCCACCUAAACUCGCGUUCACAUAAAAAGCACAAAACAGAAAAGCGAUCGUAUUGUAAACUAAGAGUGACGGUCAUCAAAAAGAAGAUCAAACUGUACAUUUUGUAUGGGCUAUAAUUUAGUUUUUUACAUGUAUGUACAGUAAAUAAUUACUCGAUAAAAUGUCACCCUCUGUUUUCAGUUCAGACUUUUGCUGAUGAUGCUCAGGGAGACUCUCACUCCUCUCUGCUAUUGACAGCGCUCUUGAAACCAUGCUUCCUUGAGGAAUUCAACAUAAAUUACCCGUUUUAUUUUCCUCCAAAGGUUGCUACACAAAGAGAAAUAUCACCUGCUUUUAUGUUGACUAUAGUGCCAAAUAAUAACUCCUUAAAUAUAUAUGUCACCUGAUGUAGUUAUUGAUUUAUGCAGUGGUCUUGCUAAUGGAGGAAGACCACCUCAAUCGCUCCAGUCUCUGUUAAAAUGAAAUAUUCAUGUAAUUAGACAAAGUUCUUUAAAACACUCCUGUCAUGCUUUUUCUUUUGCCAUCUAUAUAUUGUUGUAAUAUAUUAAACAUUGCCACACUUCAAAUACUGAUACCAGCCUAUGUCUAAAUAAUCUCUCGGAGUCAAAAGCUCAUGCAAACGUUGUGUUUGUGAGGGGCAGCCAAUCAGAAUAAAGUUGAUCUGGCUCCAUCAAGGCCCAGUAUAUGAUAAACAAGGAUUUUAACAAAAAUAUAGAGAUUAAAAUAAGCCCAAAAUGCCCUCUGAAAAACAAAGAAAAACAUUUAUCAGUGUUUAAUGCUAAUAAAUAUUAUAAAUGUACUUAAUCAGAUCUGUGCAGGUGGUUUAGAUCAGGGAUAAGUGACAGCAGUGUGGUGCUCCAGUUAUUUAGUUUUGCCUUUCUCAGAAAUAUCUUAUCAAAGGUGCUUUAGGAGGAAAAAAGGUCAAAACACAGCUGAGGCUAUGUUAUUGAGAUUUCUAGUACCAUUAUUUGGUAAAUGCCUUUUAAAAUCUUUUAAACUGCACACCACUUGGUAUGCACAGAUAUCUCUAAGGUGCUUUUUUUUGUUAAUUUGUGUGAUAUAAAUAAAGCUGAUUUGAACUUUUUCAAAAGACAAGUUAUAACAUUAAUUAAUUCUCCAAUCAGUCUAAAAUUAUGAUCUCACCAAAAUCUAUCCGAGUUCACUUUUGUGAUGAACCAGUUUUGAUCAGUUGUGAAGUUAUCCUUGCACCCUGACGAGCGUCGACGCUCGUCAGAUAACUUAUAAGCAAAAAUCUCCAACUAUCAUUAAAUCCCGACUUGGAAAUGGAAGCAUAUGAAUGACAUCACCUGUUUCUAGGGAGAAGCAAAAGCACAAGCAAAGUAUUUUUGAUUAAAGGGAAUCAAAACAUCUAACAAAUGUUGAGUUCACCUGCGAUCCCCUCACUCCUACUCAGAGGCUGAUUGAGGAAAAACACAAUUUUAGGACUGUAACAAAAAUAAUAAUAAUAAUAAUUUCAGACAUUACUAUGACCCAGAUGGUUCAGAUUUGCCUUUAAGUAUUUUACCUGAAAUAUGUGCAUUACAGCAUCUUUUCAAAACAUACCUUAAACUGAUGCAACGCUCUUGCUUUCCCAUGAAUCACGUUAAUGAUUUGUUUCUGUAUGUUUGCAAAGAUGAAUCAUAAUACAUAAAAUAACAGCACGCUGCCCAGCUUUCAGUCACUCAGAGUUAAUGUUAAUACAAUGCCUUUAUGAUUUAUUUUUUGUCAUUCACAGUCUCACUGGCAGAGAGAUAUAACUUCCUCACAGCCUGGAUGUUUAUUUUACACUUCAUCGCAUUCCACGUCUUUUCAUAUUUUGCCUUAAAAGAUGCCUUUUGUUAUCGCUCUCAUCUGUUGAACAGUCCUCUGCUGUUACUGUACAUACAUCGUUUCAAAGGGUUUGUUCUAACGUUCAGGUGUGUUGCCUCAAAGAUGACAGUGCUGACAAUGAGACUGCUGUAGAGCUGAGAGGGAAAUUGUCCAUCUGUGGAGAACAGGAGGGCUGCGAAGUCUUCAGAAGAAACCUCUCAGUGUGACAGACAGCAUCAUGCAUGUACUACAGUGUAGCUUGUACCUUCAGUCUGUAUUACCUUCAAGCUGUAACUCCCUGCAGAGAGUGCAACAAAUGACAAGUAUAAACAAUAAACUGUAAUGCAAU